AUGCUGCCAGCACGUCUUUCUUGGUCUACCUGCCUCCGUCGUAUCCCCAUCCAAAUCUCACUUGCCACGCCGGAGUAUCGUGCUACCCGCGUAGGUCUUUUACUUCGAGCAUCACCUACCUACACCGCAGCGGCCAUGUUCUCGUGCAGCGCCGCAUCGUCGGGCCAUUGCGCUGGCUCUGUUGGUUCGACCAACAAGUCGCGCUUGAAACCGCUGAAUUUUCCAACGACUGGGUUCCAAGAGAUCGAUCCAUCCGUCAAGUUUGAGGAGGAGAAAUUGAAUUACUACCAUCCCGCCUUGUUCUAUCCCAUUCAUAUCGGAGAGGUCUUGAAUGAGCGGUAUCAAGUCGUAUCAAAGUUUGGCUACGGGUCGACGUCGACGAUAUGGCUAUGCAAAGACUUGGCUGAGCAUCGUUACGUCGUGUUGAAGGUGUUUAUCCGGCAGGGCAGGAUGGAGAGCAAUCGGGAGCUUGAAUGCUUUCGGCACUUUCAGAAAUUUGUCAACCACAAGGCAGACCACGGCGGCCACGAAAGGGUUCGGUUCCCGGAAGAGCACUUCACCAUCCAGAGUUCCGACAGCAGCACCCACGACGUGCUUGUCCUGCGGCCUCUGGGACUUAGUGUAAGGGCCUUGCAGACGUACACGCCCGCGGGCGUCUUCCCCGAGUUGAAUGCGGUGCUCUUGACCCAGUCCACCGUGACGGCUCUCGACUACCUGCGCAACGUUCAUUCCGGAAAUCUGCAUCUGACUCUGACCGACGAGAACGUGCUCGAGCAGUGUGAGCAAGACGAGCUCGUCACUCCAUCGCCGAGAAAAGUUGCAAAAGAGGGCGUCGUCAUACAUGCCACCAGGCAUAUUAUAAACGGAGAAAGCCCCCUGGUCCUGUGUGAUUUGAGCAGCGCACGUAUAUGUCCAAACCACGAUUUGCAGCGUGGGCUUCCCCUAAUGCCGGAGCAUUAUCGACCACCCGAGGUGAUUCUUAAUAUGCCGUGGGGCUAUUCGGUCGAUAUGUGGUGCUUUGGUAUUACCAUAUGGCGGAUGCUGAACAACAAAGGCUUGUUUGGCCAUUAUGUCGGUACCGAUUUGGAUGAAGCCCGCCAUUUGUCCUUGAUGGUCGGCCUGCUUGGUCCACCUCCGUUGGAAUUCCUCAAAAGGAGCGAGAAGUCGCUCAAAUUCUGGGAUGAAAGCGGCAGCUGGAGGGGACCCAUCGCUUUACCACCUCCCACCUACACCCUCGAGGCCAUUUGCCCCAAAUCGUUGGACGGCGAAUCCAAGGUCUUGUUUUUAGAUUUCAUCCGCAAGAUCCUCCAUUGGGAUCCAGACGAGCGCCUUUGCCCCGCCACGGCAUGGUAUCAUCCGUGGGUGCAUAGGAUAUGGUCCAAGGAUAGACUCGUCCCCAUUGAGGAGUGGGAGAAGUCUCAAGGAGCUGCAGCUGAAUAG